GACCAUGAGGUCAUCCCUCUGCUGGCUCCUCCCACUUGUCAUCUUGGCCUACGUGACACAAGGCCGGCCAACAAAGCGGCCGAAAAUCAAACCCAGACCCAGGCCCAGACCAACACCCCGCUUUCCCAGGCCUGCUGAGCCCUUGGAACCCACGGACCUGCCUCCCCCGCUUCCCCCAGGUCCUCCAUCCAUCUUCCCUGACUGUCCCCGAGAAUGCUACUGCCCCUAUGAUUUCCCAUCAGCCCUCUACUGUGACAGCCGCAACCUGCGCAAGGUCCCUGUCAUUCCAUCCCGAAUCCAUUACCUCUAUCUCCAGAACAACUUCAUCUCCGAGCUCCCGCUCGAGUCCUUCAAGAAUGCUUCGGGUCUGAGGUGGAUCAACCUGGACAACAACCGGAUCCGCAAGGUAGAUCAGAGGGUGCUGGAGAAACUGCCCAGCCUGGUUUUCCUCUACAUGGAGAAGAACCAGCUGGAAGAGGUUCCCUCCGCCCUGCCCAAGAACCUGGAGCAGCUGAGGCUGAGCCAGAACCAGAUCUCCAAAAUCCCUCCCGGGGUCUUCAGUAAGCUGGAGAAUCUACUGCUCUUGGAUCUUCAACACAACAGAUUGAGCGAUGCCGUCUUAAAGCCGGACACCUUCCAGGGCCUCAAGAACCUUAUGCAGCUCAACCUGGCCCACAACAUCCUGAGAAAGAUGCCACCCAAGGUGCCCGCUCUUCACCAGCUCUUCUUGGACAGCAACAGGAUUGAGACCAUCCCUAAUGGUUACUUCAAGGGUUUCCCCAACCUUGCCUUCAUCCGGCUUAACUACAACAAGCUGUCAGACAGGGGACUCCCCAAGAACUCCUUUAACCUCUCCAACCUGCUGGUGCUCCACCUGUCACACAACCAGAUCAGCAAUGUGCCUGCCAUUAACAACAAGCUGGAGCACCUGUACCUGAACAACAAUUCCAUCGAGAAAAUCAAUGGGACCCAGAUUUGCCCCAACAACCUGGUUGCCUUCCAUGACUUCUCCUCAGAUCUAGAGAACGUACCACACUUGCGCUACCUGCGCCUGGACGGGAACUACCUGAAGCCGCCCAUCCCUCUGGACCUCAUGAUGUGCUUCCGCCUCCUGCAGUCGGUGGUCAUUUAG